UUCGAGAACUAGCGUUAUUAAUGGCGCUACACAUUACUAAUACUUAAAAUUAAUGUAAAACUAUCUGUAAAUUAGGCAGCUACAUUUACUAUUUGAAUGUACAAAACAUUUCAUUAAUAGUAUAUCUUCUUUUGAAAUCAGUCCAAGUUUUAAUUUACUGACAUUCCAGUUAUUAUAUAAAUUGGUGAUCAUGCCUAAAGCCAGGAAACAAUCUACUGCUUCUUUAGCCAAGAAGGCUCGAGCAAGAAAGGAUAAGGUGCCAUUGCUGAAUUCUGAUGAAAAACCACAAUCAGUAUUAGAAACCACAUCAGAUAAAAUGACAGAAUCAACUUCUGAUGUUGAAAUUAUGGACAUUAAUGAUUCAGGUGAAAAUGUUGUAAGUAGUAGUGUAUCUGCAGAUAAAGAAAAUGGAAUCUGCAAUAAAAAUGCACCAAAUGAUAUUCUGGUCAAAAAGUCUAAGAAUGAUGUGAUAAAAAGCAGUUCUAAUCAUGAUGCUAAUAUAAGUGGAGAUGAAGUUACUAAUAGUGAUUCUAUUGCUGAGGAAGAGAAUAAAAAUGAAGCCAACUCUCAAUUAAACCUCUCGGGUGAAAAUGACUCUCAGUCAGCUGAGCUUAAAGAUUCAUUAAAAACUGAUUCUAAAUCAUCAGAAAACCAUAAUGAUACUGAUUUGGAAGUGAAAUGCAUUAAGGUUGAAAAUGAAAGUUCUGAUUGUCCAUCUUCUACUGUUACUUCUGGAAAGCAAGUCUUUGUUGAUGAAAAUGUUAAAAAACCUAAUUUCAUCCCUGAAAGAGUGCUGGAUGAAUCGCCAAAAUAUUCUCCUGAAACAAUUGUAUCGGAUGAUGGUCCUUUAGAAGGAAAAUCAAAAACAGAUAAUUCUGAUGUGUCAGAAGUAAGGACAGCUAAAGCAGAUGAUUCAGAUGCAAAGACAAAUGGAGAUGCAAGUAAUACAAAUGCAGAUGCUGAAGACAAAAAAUAUGAAACCAAACAUAAAAAUGAAGGCAAAUCUAGUGGUAAAAAGGAAGGUGAAGGGGGCAAGAAGAAGAAGAAAACUUGUGCCCAAUGUGGAAUGAAAAAGAAGUUGAAUUUUCGAAUCGUUUUCCAAGGAAAAGCAUAUCAAUUAUGUUCUGAGAUUUGUUACAAAGAUUUCAAGCAACAACAAACAGUAGCUCCUAAACCUGCACCUCCACCACCAGUAGAAAUUACUGAUGAAAAGUGUGGUCAAUGUCAGAAAAAAAUUAUUUCUGGUCAAUCCUAUUUUCCUGCUGUUGGCGUUGUAAAGCCUUUGUGUUCAGAAGAAUGUCUGCGAAAAUAUCAUGAUCAUAAUGGACCUCCAAGAAAUUGUUCACAGUGCAAGAAGAAGAUUGAAAGUGUUUAUAGUCAGCUAACUUGGGAAACAAUGGUAUUCUGUAAUGAGGAUUGUUUGGGGAAAUAUCAAUCAUUUUUAGGCAGCCAUUGUACUUGUUGUCAAACUCCAGUACAGCAAUCGUCACUUGGAAAGUAUUGUGUAUGUUUUGGAGCUGAUAUCAGACAAUUUUGCUCUGGUACUUGUUUAGAAGAAUUCAAAAAGGGACUUAAGGUUUGCAGUUUUUGUCAAACUGAUUUAUCAGCAGGAACUGAUGGUUUUUUAGCCCCUGUUGGAGAUAAGGGUCAGUUUAAAGACUUCUGCUCUCAGCAGUGUAUGGAACGUUAUGAAGUGAUGAAUAACAUUUCUAAGACUGUUCCAGACGUACAAGAAUGCUCACAUUGCAAAAAACAAGGCUCCUUCAAAACACAAAUUAAGUAUGAAGAUAAAAUGUAUUCAUUGUGUUGUGAUUUGUGUGUUGCCGGAUUUCGUAGUACAUACAAAAUCACAGAUAAAAUUUGUGACACUUGUUAUAAAUUUUUUAAACCAAGUGCAGAUGAAAAUUUCUCAUUGAAAUUUGAAGGUUUCCCAAAACAUUUCUGUACAAAAGCAUGCAUGACUUUAUUUGUUUUGUCUCAUCGAAAAAUCAUCCAGUGUAUUCAGUGCAAGGUAAAGAAGUACACUUUUGAUAUGAUUGAAAGAAUUAGUGAAAACAAUCAAGUGCAGAUGUAUUGUUCUCUUAAUUGUUUGUCUUUGUUUCGUGUUAACUUGAGUGCAACCUCUUCCAAGUGUAUCCGGUGUGAUAAUUGCGCUAAAAACAUUCCUGCACAGUAUCAUCUGACCAUGAGUGAUGGAUCCAUUCGAAACUUUUGUACUUAUCAGUGUGUUUUGUUAUUUCAAAAUCAGUUUACUGCUGUUCCUGCACUUACUACAUCUACCACAACACGGCAGGCUACUACUCUUAAACCUGGUUUAAAAACUACUUCUACCACUACUAGCACACCCAUAAUAGCAAAUGUUGUUUCCCUGGCACAAGCUCCACGGCCUGUAACAACAACACAAAAUAAAAGUAUUGCUCCUCAAACAUUAGUGAGUGUACGACAGCAAGGACCCUCUUUAGCUGUUCUGUCUCCUAAGUCAACUGCAAAUAGUCCACUGCAAAUUUCACCUGCAAUUGCUUCAGCCACAUUAUCCGUUGCUGCUCCAAGUGCUGGAAAUCCUCCAGCCCGAGAAAUCAUAGUCAGACCACCUGUCCCCAAAUCUGUAAAAAAUAAGUCUGCAUCAUGCAAACCUAUUAUGCAGAACAAAGGAGUGAGUGCUAAACUGCCAACAUGCCACAAAUCUGUUCAGACUGAUGAAAGACCCAUGCCACUCAUCCUUCCAGUACCUGUUCCAAUUUAUGUUCCAACACCCAUGCACAUGUUCUCACGACCUGUACCAUGCCCAGUUCCCUUUCCAAUACCUAUUCCUGUACCUAUCAUUGUACCACCAUCAAAACCAUACAAAGACCUUCAAGAAGAUACUGCAGUUCAAUCUGAUGAGUUGAAAACAUCUACUGAAACUUGCAAUCAUAAUAAAAAAAAAUCCAGCAAAACCGUUUCAAAAUCAUUUAAUGAAGAUACAGAAUUAUCUCAGAAAGAUACUCUUCAUACGCCUAUUAACCAAAACAACAUACAUGCUCAAAAUAAUGCAGAUUUAGAUAUAGAAGAUGAAAAUGACUAUGAUUCCAAGGAAAAUAAAGUGAAGCACAGAAAUAAAAGAGGAGGUGAUAUCAAACAAAAAGAUGCUAAAAAACCUAAGCUUGAAGAAGUAAAUAGUUUGGAAGCUAUCCUCGAUGAAGAAACAGAUAGGCAGAUUGCUGAAAUGAUGAACUCAAACACUGAAGAAUCGGAUUCAAAGCUAAAGUAUGCUUUUGGAAUAAACGCUUGGAGGCAGUGGAUUCUCGAAAAGAAUGUUAAUAUGGAGAAAGGAACCUACAACACCAGAAAGCUGAAAUACUUAAAGACCGAUAUAUUGCAGUUUAGUCCAGAGGAACUAAAUUAUUACUUAAGUCAGUUUGUGAGAGAAAUACGAAGACCUUCUGGAGAGAGUUACACUGCUGGUGCCAUUUUUUAUUUAAUACUGGGGUUGCAAAUGUACCUUCAUGAAAAUGGUCGGAUUGAUAAUAUUUUGGCAGAUGAAUGUUAUGACGCAUUCACAGAUCAAUUUCAUCUGGUUUUGUCGAAUUAUGAAACACGUGCUUUAGCACUAGAAGUGCCAUUUUCUCGAAUUGAAGAGGAAUUCUUAUGGGAUUCCAGACAAUUAGGAGCACAUUCACCCCAAGUUUUACUGAACACACUCAUCUACUUCAAUGCAAAGUAUUUUAAGAUGAAAGAAAUAUCUGACCAUGUCGGUUUGUGCUUUCCGCAUAUAGGGAGACAUGUGGACAAACAAAGAGCAAGAAAUGGCAAUUUCAAGGGAUAUCUGCGAUAUUAUGGACCAUACUACGAUGGUUCUGAAGAAGAAGAAGAGGAUGAUGAUUCUAUUUUAUUGCUGCCAGAGAACAACAAUAAUCAUCUGCGAUGUCCUGUAAGACUGUAUGAAUUUUAUAUUUCCAAAUGCCCACCUUCAGUAUUGGACAAGAAUUCCCGUUUCUACCUCUCCCCCGAUAAAAGUUGUGUGCCAGACAACCAAAUCUGGUACACUUCAACACCACUCCCUCGAGAAGCCAUUGCUAAAACAUUACAGAGAAUCAAACUCAUUGAAGAACUCUAUGAUGACUGAUUCUCACAUCUCAUCUGCUUUUGUGUUUGUUUUGUGCUUUUAAUGAACUAUAUUCAUGAUCUUAACUGUGUGUAAUACAUGUGUUUUUAUGUUAUGUUUUAAAUGAAUCUGUGAAAAAGGGGCAGUCAUUGCAUUUCACAGAACAUUAUUGUUUGUAUAUUUUAUGGAAUAUAUAUUAUCAUUAGUAACCUAGUUACUUGUGAAUUUUUAAUGUGCAUUUCUUCUGUGGC